UAUCCGUGGUAUUUGUAAACUGUAAACAUUUAAGUUUAACUGUUAAACGUUUAGAUCUGAUUUAUAAAGUAUCAACCGUAUUUAAAAUAAACUUAGUAUUUUUCAUUCAUUUAUUCUUAAGACAUUUUAACCAAGUAUAAUAAACAGCAUUAACUUGGUACUUUGAAUUGAAACAUGACUCACUACAAGCAGCACUACAAGCUGAAGUCUAGAUCCCGUACAUGACAUGAAGUUGAGUACUGCCGGAGUUACUGAAUGAGCCAGCAACGUGAGUCAGAGUGCGCAAAAAAAUAUAACCUCAUUGAUGUCCAGCAACAGUAAUCUGUUUAUGAAAUGGAUGAUUUCAUAUGGUCACUCUUCAUCAUGAUAUCAUUGCUUGUUCUUGUGGCAUAUUUAAUGUCUUGGUUUCGACAAAAUAGGCUGCAGCAUUACUCACUGCCUAUCAGAGAAUCAAAUAAAGGCCAUCGUUUUUAUAUGGUAGACAUGUUUAACUCAAGAACAUAUUGCAACAUUGAGGAAAUAGCGUUAACCCAUGGAGCCCAGUGUGAUACUUGUGGGGUGUGUGUUGGAGAUAAAAAUAUGAACGAGGCAAAUAAAAAAAUUCCAUGUAAAGCAGCAUCCACAGAUGAAACAAUAGUUCGCCACCACUGGGUGCGAGGCAAUCUUCCAGCUUUCAGCCUGUGUAUGGUGUGUAAACAGGAGUGUGGGGUGGAGAUGGCACUUGUUGAUCUACAGUGUGCUUGGUGUAGAAACACAGCUCACGACAACUGUGCUGAGAAAACUGACAUUUGUGAUCUGGGUCAAUUUAAAAAGUUUAUUAUACCUCCUAAUUGUAUUCAAGUCAAAUGGGUGGGAGUGAAAGGAAACAAACAUCUAGUGGUUGAGAAUGUUAAGCGUCCACCUAUAGAAGACUGGAGUCCACUCAUAGUUAUAGCCAAUAGGAAAAGUGGCAGCAAUGACGGACUGCUCAUUCUUAGACACUUUAGGCAGUACUUAAAUCCUGCACAGGUGAUAGAUAUUCAGGAUAUCCAGCCUGAGCAAGCGUUAGAAUGGUGUCGUCUACUACCUACCUGUCGUCUUCUAGUCUGUGGUGGUGAUGGGACCAUUGGCUGGGUACUGAAUGUUAUAGAAAAACUUUCAAUCAUGAAUCCUCCACGUGUUUGUAUUCUCCCUCUUGGAACUGGGAACGACCUGUCUCAAGUGCUUGGCUGGGGUGAAGGAUAUUCUGGGAAUGUAAAUGUUAGAUGUAUUUUAGAAAAUGUGGAAAAGGCAAAACCAGUUGAGUUAGACAGAUGGACAGUCAGAAUUCUACACAAGAAACACUUUGGCAUAUCUAGACCUUCCAAGACAUACACUAUGAACAACUAUCUUUCUGUGGGGGUGGAUGCACUUGUUACCUUAAAAUUUCACAAGAAACGUGAGAGCUGGCCAGCUUUCUUUACUCAUCGUCUAAUAAACAAGUUCUGUUACUUCACGUAUGGAACAAAAGAUGUUUUGGAAAGAGAAUGUAAGGACCUUCACAAGAGAAUACAGCUGGAACUAGAUGAUAAAGAAAUUAGUCUCCCAGAGCUGGAGGGGAUUGUUGUACUUAACAUAAGCUGCUGGGGUGGGGGCUGUAGACCAUGGGGUCAAGCUGAGGAGUUUCAAAAACCAAGGUAUGACGAUGGGAUGUUGGAGGUUAUGGGCCUCUUCUCUUCAUUUCAUAUUGCCCAACUGCAAAUUGGUCUGGCCACUCCACUUAGGCUUGGGCAGGCAAAAAAAGUUAAGAUAACCCUACUGGACAAGAACGCCCCCAUGCAAGUUGACGGAGAACCAUGGGAGCAGCACCCAGCAAGCAUCACAGUCACUUACAAACAGCAAGCCGCUAUGCUGGCCCUUACUGACCAGUAGUCAGGGACUUAAAUUUGGCUAGUUCCUGACCAGGCCAAUUAGUGGCUUGUUAGAGCACUCAU